UGAUCUUGAUUUGCCCACCAAUUCUCCGCACACCAGGUCUACAGAAGUAACCAUGGAAUCUACCCUUCUCCAGAUCAUCGGCCACCAGACGUCGGCUGAUAAUGAGCUCCGGCAGCAAGCGGAGCAGGCGCUUCAAGGGCUCACGCGCCUGGACCCGUCAGCAACCGCACUAGCGCUCUCACAGCUCGCAGCAGACCACGCGUUGCCGGUGCAUGUGCGCCAGGCAGCACUCCUCCACUUAAAGCAGCUCGUGCCUCAGUACUGGUCAUUGGGCUUCGAGUCGUUCGUGGGCCCGCCGGUGGCACAGGACGCGAAACAGCGUAUCCGCGCGGCGCUCCUCGCAAGCACCGCUGACACGGACUCCAAAAUCCGCAGCGGCGCCGCGUAUGCGAUCGUACAGGUCGCAGUGGUGGACUACCCAGACGAGUGGCCCGAAUUGCUUGACGCGCUCUACGCACAGGUCGCCGCGCGUGCGGACCCGCGCGCCAUGCUCGGCGCUGUCACCGUGUUGCACGACUUGUUCGAUGACUUGGUGACGGAGGAGCAGUUCUUCGAGGGCGGUGUGGGCGCAGCCGUUAUCCAGCACACCAUGGAGUUGUUGACGUCCGACACUGCUGUUGAGAUCAAGGUGCAAGUAGCCAAGUUGUACAAAGUCGCGCUCCGGCAGUUAACCGGCGGCGACGCACAGGCCACACCCGAGCGCAAGCGCGCGGUCGAGCUCCACGUGCCACAGAUCGUGCAACUUGCGAAUGUCCUAAUUGCAUCUACGGAUGCCGACACGCACGACCUUUUGUUGCGCGCGGAGCUCUAUAAAAUCCUCUACAUCGUGGUGAACAACUUCAAACGGCUCUACCCAGCGGACGGGCUUGUCCAUUCGCAGCAGUUUACCUUGCGUGACUUGGCAGAACUUGCAGGCCCGUACGUGCGUGCGGUUGUGCUCGCGGAUGGCCACGCCGACGUCUCAGCUCUCGCCUCUGUCGUUUGCGAGGCCAUCCAGUUCAUCGGCUCCAUCCACCACCUCCACUUCUCCCCUGAAAACAUUCCCGUCCUAUAUGAUGUAUUGAUUCAGCUCUCGCUCUACCCAAACGAGGCACAGGUGCGCUACGAGGCGGACGUCAAUGAGUUUGUCACGGACCGAGCCGGUUUGAGUGCACGCUUUGACCUGCGCGAUGCAAUUAAUGAGUACGUGAGCGAACUCAACGCAGCAGACGCGGCACAGAUGUUCCACAUCGCGCUCGCGAAUCCCGCGCCAGCGGUCGCGCAUGUGCCCGUGUGGAUGGUCCAAGAGGCGAACCUCUUCGUACUCGAAGGGCUCUUUGCAAACGAGGAUGCAGACCUAGCCCACGAGCUGGUCCCGUUAGCCACGCUCUACGAUGGGAUUGCCGGUCAUUUAGAUGCGGGUUUCCACCCACUUGUCACAAGCGCAGCCAUCGCCGCGUUGCCGCGCUUCUUGCACAAGUUCGCACCACAGUUGGGUGUAGCGUCGUUUGCCACGAAAGCACUCGCGACAGUGCUCGCACGUGCGGAGGUGGGCGAUGAGUUGGUCCAGGCAGCGGCGAUCGUUAGCCUUAACGCCUUCGCGCUGGUGCUCGAGGACGACGGUGCCGUGUUGCCUGCGUCCGCGCAAGCGCCGAUUGUACGCAUCAUAACCGGGCUUCUAGAAGAUGCUGAAGACGAUACUAAUGGUGUGUUGUUGGAAGCAUUGACGCUCGCGAUUGCAGCAGACGCGCGUGCUGCAAAGCCCGAGGUGAUGGACUUGAUCUUUGCCAUCGCACAGCGCGACCCGGGAAAUGUGCAGGUGAUGAUUGACGCGAAGGAGUCGUUGGAGGCGCUUUUGGAGCAGGUUUCAGGGGAUGUCGCGACGUACGUAGCGUACUGCGAAAGGGGUUUGCCAGGUUUGGUGCAAGCAGUUAACCAUGCCCUGACUGACAGCGGCGACGCUAGCCGCCUCGUCGGCAGUGACCCCACAUUGGAUGAGAUCCCGUACACUCCCACACUCAGCCUUAACCUUGAGCUCCUCGGGCAGUUUAUCGCGCAUGCACCCGCAGAUGGUGUUCCCGCCUCCGUCUUCGAGUAUGUCUUUCCUGUUCUCACCCACAUCCUCCUUCGCCCGCUGGACGAUCAGAUCCUCCAGGUCGCGGCGGAGGCGUUCAUAGCGUUCCUCGAGAACGCGACGGCGCUUGUGCAGGCGUCCGAGAUGGACGUCGUGCUCCGCAUCGUCGAGCGAUUCCUCUCGCCGGAGAUGUCCGACAGCGCGGCGAUGGACGCGGGCUCGCUCGUGGUGGUGCUUGUGGAGAAAUACUCGGCGCAUCUCGGGCCGUACCUCCAGCAGGUUCUUGCAGCCGCGGCGCGUCGCCUAGUAUGCGCGCGCGAGCUCGUCACGAUCGAAAACUUGGUCACCGUUUUCUGUCAUUUGGUGUUGAUGUCGCCAAAGGAGGCAAUCGACUUUUUGAGCACCUUCACGGAGGACGGCCGAAACGGGCUUGAGUUGAUUCUUCCGAUCUGGUUUCUGGCAUUCGAAGUUACCAGGGGGUAUGCUAAAAUCCGCCAGAACGUGCUAGCCUUGGGCAAAAUCUACGCCCUCCACGACGAACGGGUGGUCCAGUUGCAGGUUAACGGUGAGAUUUUGCCAUACAGCGGCGAUUUGAUCAUCACGCGGUCGAUGGCUGCCGCAAUGCCGACCCAGUACACCCGGGUGAGCGCGGCGUUCAAGAUCUUGACGUUGUUGUUAGGCGAGUUGGCUUUUCAGAGCCAGCAGCCAGAUCCACUGGACUAUGCCGAGGAGGAUGGAGACGACUGGGAGGAUGUUGAUGAAGGCGUGCCGAACUUGGAGAAGUUGAAGGAGUACGCGGAGGAUGAGGGGAGAGAGAGUGAUGGAUCGUUGAAAGAAGUUUUGGUGCAGUUCUUCCGAGAGUGCGCAGCCACAGACUUAGGUGGGUUUUCGGCGUGGUACGCGCAGUUUGGGGAUAAGGAGAAGAAGGUGUUGGCAGAGGAGUUGUUCUAGUCGAGAAUGUCAGGAUAAAUGAUGGGGUUGUAGGAACCGUCAGGGCACAAUCUGAGAGAGCACAAUCUGAGAGGGCUUGAUAUGCUGAGGUAUUUGAUAAAGUUCGAAUAUUUGGAAAUAUUUAGAUAUUUAAGAGUAGGUGCAAUUGAGGCUGGGAAUCAAAGAUUAUGAACUUUGGGGUGAAAAUCAGAAAAUUUUAUAUAGGUUCUAGAAUGUUGAAAUGUACAGGGAAUUGUGAAAAUCUUAUAGUGAACCG